CACCGAAUAUUCCAAGAAGAGGAGCAAGACAGGAAGUGGUUGUACAGCUUUGUGAUUUUACCAUUCUUAUUUACCUUUAUUUUUCCACACUUAUAUUCUAUUCCAACACUACAAAACAGUGAGACUUUACAAAAAUGGAUGAGUACCACAACGGAAACGAGGGCUCUUUCAACUCGGAAGAGGCAGAUAACAUUGUUAAAGAGUGCAUUGAGAAUGUGGUGGGCGGUGAGGACUACAGCCAGAGUCAGGUGAACAAGUGGACAGCUAGUAUUGUGGAGCGCUGCCUCACGCAGUUGGUCAAGCAGGGAAAACCAUACAAGUUCAUUGUUACAUGUGCUGUAAUGCAGAAAACAGGAGCAGGACUUCACACAGCCAACUCCUGCUACUGGGACACAUCCAUGGACGGAAGUUCCACUGUAAGGUGGGAAAACCGCACCAUGUAUUGUGUGGUCAGUGUCUUUGCUGUGGCCAUCGCUUGAAACACACGCACAAACAUUAAGAAAGACAAACAAAAUGACCGAAACAACCAAACCACCGCCAGAAGAGAACUGCAGUGAGUCCUUACAAACGCCAGGGGGACCUUCAGUCACAACCACACAGUUGGUUGUGCACACCUUAGAUAAACAUCCCUGUGUAUUUAUUGUCUCAUAUGACUUCAAAUCGACCUUCUAUUCAUCAUAGAUUGAUUGUUUCCCAUUUCCCAUAUAAAGCAGUGUCGCAUAAAUAGAAAAAAAUAAAAUAAAGUCAUACAACCAAACUGUCUAGUGUACAGUACAAA